UAGAAGACUGGGGAUGUCUGAGGCUCAUUCUGCCCUUCAGCCCACCAGGAACAAAAGAGAGCUCCAUCUGCCCUCCAGGAGCCCAACUAUGAACUCCCUCUCCACAAGCGCCUUCAGUCCAGUUGCCUUCUCCCUGGGGCUGCUUCUGGUGAUGGCUUCUGCUUUCCCCAACCCAAAACCCCUGGAAGGAGAUUCCAAAGAUGAUGCCGCCUCAAACAGACCAUCACUCACCUCUCCAGACAAAACCGAAGAACUCAUAAGGUUCAUCCUUGCCGAAAUCUCUGUUCUGAGAAAGAAGAUGUGUGACAAAUAUGACAAGUGUGAAAACAGCAGGGAGGCACUGGCAGGAAACAAUCUGAAGCUUCCACAGAUGACAGAAGAAGAUGGAUGCUUCCACUCUGGAUUCAAUAAGGAGACUUGUCUGAUGAAAAUUAUCACUGGUCUUUCGGAGUUUCAAAUAUACCUGGAUUACCUGCAGAACAAGUUCGAGGGCAGUAAGGCAAACGUCAUAGUUGUGCAGAACAGCACCAAAGCCCUGGUCCAGAUCCUGAAGCAAAAGAUAAAGAAUCCAGAAGACGUAACCACCCCUGACCCAACUGCAAAUGCCAGCCUGCUGUCUAAGCUGCAGCUGCAGACUGAGUGGCUGAAGAACACAACGAUUAACCUCAUCCUGCGAAGCCUGGAUGACUUCAUGCAGUUCAGCCUGAGGGCUGUUCGGAUAAUGUAACCUGGACAUCCAAGAUCGUUUAUAGUUCAUGGGCAUUCUUUCAGCUGGUCAAAAACCUGUGUGGUGGGCACAUAACUUAUGUUGUUCUCUGUGAAGAACUAAAAAAGUACGGGCGUUAGGACACUAUUUUAAUUAUUUUUAAUUUAUUGAUAUUUAAAUAUGUAAAGUUGAGUUAAUUUAUAUAAGUGAUCUAAAUAUUUAUAUUUUUAUGAAGUGCCACUUGAAGUAUUUUAAGUAUUAGUUUUGAAAUAACAUAAAAUGGCUAUCCAGCUUGAACAUCCUCAUCAUUUCAGAGCCAGACCAUUUCAUGGAAUGUGUAGGCUUACCUCAAAUAAAUUGCUAACUUAUACAUAUUUUUAAAGAAAUAUUUAUAUUGUAUUUAUGUAAUGUUUAAAUUGUUUUUAUACCAAUAAAUUGCCUUUUUUAAAAAAAAAUUAGCAGCUAAGCCUGUGUGUUUCCUGUCCUGUUAAGCUUAAUUUUGUCACUACCAAGAUUAAUGACCAAAUAUGUAUCAUGAUAUAAUGGAUGCAAUGCACU